CAUGCUUCUUAUAAUUACAAAUUAUUUAUCGACAGAUCUUUUAUUUUUUUCAAAAAAACUUUCCAAUCAUUAUCAUUAUCAUCUUUAAAAAGAAAAAAUCAUCAUCGUUAUCCUAGAAACCCUAAAUUAUCAUCAACAUCAUCAUCAUCAUCAUCAUCAUCAUCAUCAUCCUAA